AUGGCGCAAGAAUGGCAGGGUACAGAUGAUCUGCCACCGGUGCCAGAUGAUGAGGAAGGCUUAGGUUCCGAGGAAGCCGAGGCCGAAGCCUACCGGGAUGAAUAUGAGGAUUUCCGACGGUGGCUUCGACAACGUGACCGCGGAGGAGGACGUUACGAACGUCGACCGCGGACGAGGACGACAAGGCGGGAAGAUGAGGACGAGGAGGACGGACCGGACGACUUCUGGACCAAUGCUGGCCCCCCACCCUCCUGGGACGGGGUUCAGUGUCCUUUCGAGGACUACCUGAUCAGGGCGCGAAUCUGGAUCAGCACGACGAAAGCUCGGGCUAGGACACGCGGGCCUUUGCUCUUGAAAGCCCUGAGCGAGACGCCCUUCCAGGAUUUUAAGCAUUUGGCGAAGGAUCCUGCAUGGCUUGCUGACCAGGGAAAUGCCGAGACGCUUCUGAAGAAGAUGGACUCGCCUGAGUACUAUGGAGAUGAUCAGGAGGAGCACCUCCUCGCUUCUUUGGCUCGAGUGACCUACCACCUGAAGCGGCAGAAGAACGAGACGGCCCGUCAGUUUCUUGGCCGUUGGGAGGCAGCCGAGCGGAAGGUACAGGAACACAAGGUGGCCCUGCCUUCCUUGUACCGGGGUUUCUUGAUGAUCAAUGCCCUGGGCCUCACAGAUGGGGAGAUCAAAAUGCUUUUGACCUUCACCCAUGGGUCGAUCGAGCCGAAGGACAUCAAGACCUGGCUGAGGAAGCACGAGACGAAGCUCCAGGCCGGACAGUUGGGCAAUGAGACUACCGCCAAGGGGAAAUCAAGCACGGCCGCCGUGCACUCGGUGGAGCACACUGCGGAUGGGUCCGCGGAACUCUCCGAGGGCGAGGAAGAGCUCGAGACCAUGGAGGCCAUGCUCGCCGAUCUCGCCGACGAGGAAGACACCGGGGCGGACCCGGGAGUCUUUGAAGAGGAGGAAGCGGCCGAGAUCUUGGCCAUGAUGAUCAAGGAGAAGAAGAAGACCUAUACCCAAUCGGCACAGAUUAAGAAGGACAAAGAAUUGGGAAGAGGCUACCGCCAAGGUGGACGACAGUUUGGUCAUCACGACCGCUCCGGGCCGAUCCGACCGGGCACCUACAAGUUGUCCAUUGCCGAGCUGAAGCAGCGAACACGCUGCAAGCGAUGCAACAAGGUGGGACAUUGGCAUAAAGAAUGCACCAAUCCACCGGCCCCUGGACACACAAGGGACCCGAAGGAGACCCACCUCCUGGAGAUCGACCUCGAGCACUAUGACGAUGCUCUCUUUUGUCAUCACUUGGAGGCCGGACCAGCAGACGAUUUCCUCGAAGAGUCCUCAGCCGAGCACGACAUUUUGUCGCAGAGCGUAGAGCCAAGUGGCUACGGCAAAGGCCACCACAGCCGAAACGCCCCGUUUCUUUUAUCGUUGAAGUUCUUGAUGCAGAGCGAAGCGGUCAUCAGCCUGAGGCGGGGUCACCUCAUGCUGCAUCUGACACGUCAUGGGGCGCAGAUUCCACUUCAUGUUGGCCCCCUCCGAACCUUCCAGGUAGCCCUGCUCGCCAUGGACUGCUCGUCUCCGACGAACAAGCGCGCGCGGGAGCAGCCGAACCAGGAGAGGGCGCACGUGAUCUACAUCGCCUGGCAGCGAUUGGUGCUGAAGGUGGCGAUGUUUCUCAGGCCAGUGGCACGACUGGCCGUCCAGGUCUUCAGCAACUCCGUGGAGGCCUCCCUCAACCACGUGAAGGCGCACCUGAAGGACAUCAACCCGGAGGAGCUGGUGUCCCUCCGGAAGGACGUGGACCAGAUCCUGAUGGAACACAAGGACCAGGAGUACGACCUCUUCAUGAAGUUCCGGGAGUGGAAGAAGAGCAAGAAGUCGUCGGCAGCCAGCGGCAGCCGACCGGACAGCUACGUGCUGGUGAAGAACGAGCCGGACAAGAUGUCGGAGGCGUCCCGGUACACCUUCGAUUCGGGAUACACACACUUCAACUGCCGCACCGGCAGUCGGGGGAGACGAUUGUCGACACCAUCACCGGCGAGCCAACCACGAGAACCUCCGCCACCACAACCGGUGACCGACACGGACGUGAGCAUGAAGUCAGGCCAGACGGCCGACAGCACGGCGAUCAAGAUCAACGCGGAGCUCCACGCCAUCGUCACGGACAAGCACGCCCAGCAGGAGAUCUUCACGCAGGCCUACCACAUCCUCGAGCCCAACCAUCCGCUAUGCUACUGCCGGCAUGGCUGCAAGGUGGAACUGAGCGCAACGACCCAGAACCCGAGCCGGGUCUUCUACAAUUGCCGAGCCAAGGAGCCGACCCAGCAGUGCGGCUUCUUCCAAUGGGCGGACGUUCAGCCGCUACUGGACGACAAGUUCGAGGAGACCAGGCGACGAGUUGCCGAGGGUUUCCCCCGGGAUCUGAGCCCGCGCGAACUGCUGGUCAAGAUCCUCCAGGAUGCGUGCCCCCACUUCUCCAAGGUGGGCACGGGGUCGAAUGCGUUCUACAAGCGGGAGCGCUGCAGGAUGUGCAGCAAGCUGCUCUCCGUCGAGAGUCGACAGAAGACGGUGGAGAUUGCCGAGGAGACGGACAAGGAGAGCGAGCUGGAAUCCCACGACGCGACGGAGUACCAGGCCUACCUCCAGUGGAAGAAGGAGCGCUACUAA